AUGCUGUCAUCGGCUCCCCGAAGCCACAAUCGGGAGUUUUACCACAAGGGAAAUCUGAAGGCAUACCCAAGGUCCACAUUCACUGAGCUCUUAACAAAGUCGGACGAUGAACAACUGUUUCAACUGACAGAUUAUUUCCGCGAACGACUUGAGGAGGUGACCGUGGAAGCCGCGGACAAAAUAAGUUUCCUUUUGACCUGCGAAAGGUGUUUGAGUGGACAUGAAUACCAGGAUAUCAUUGACUCACAGAGAAGGGGAAAACGGGCAGAAGCUGCGAAACUUCUCCUCCGCCUGGUGAUGGAAAAAGACUCCGGUGCUCAAAGGUUGCUGUGGCAAUCUUUUGUGAAAAUGCAGCACAUCUUACCUAAAAUUAGACGAACUACUAACAGAAAUACUGGAAUCUGGUUAUUUGAAGAUCAGACGGUGGCAGCAGCUGUUUUCAAACACGUGAAAGAGAACGAGAUCCUGUACACCAUGAGCUACAACCCCUCCUACUGCUGGAUCCUCGGUCUGGCACUGGGCCCCUUCUUCACAAAAAGAGAUAGGGAACCGCAGCAAGUUCCCAAGACCAUCACCCAACUAUAUUCCUACUAUAUUUACAACAUGCUGAAAAACCACGGCCGUGAGAUUGAAAGCCCCCGUGAUGUGUUACUGAGGUACACAUUCCCACACCUCACCAUCCAAGAAUUUGUAGCCGCACUCGCACGAUUCCUGACUCCAGAUCCCGGGGAUAUCCUGAAACUCCUCAGUGAAGCCCACAGCACUACAGAUGGUCGAUUUGAGGUAUUUCUCCGUUUUGUUGCUGGUCUCUCAUCCCCAGGGUCAGCUCAGGGCCUGGAAGAGCUCCUUGGUCCAUUUUCUCAUCAAACAACCUGCCGAGUGUUUGACUGGGUGAAGGAGGAGGUUAAACGCCAGAGUGGAAACACAGACAGUGAAGAUCGCAAAAGGAACCUCCUGAACACAUUGCACUACCUGUUUGAGUCUCAGAAUCGUGGACUGGCUGAGGCCACACUGGGGUCUCUGGAAGCACUUUCAUUUAAUGGACUGCGACUGACUCCGAUUGACUGCGCGGUCCUGUCUCAUGUCAUUGGGCUCUGUGAUGCAAUUAAACACCUCGAUCUGGAUCGCUGCUACAUUCAAUGUGAAGGACUCCAGCGGCUGGGACCCGGACUACACAAAUGUCAGGAGUUGAGACUGGGGAGCAAUAACCUGGGAGAUUCAGGACUGAAACUGCUGUCUGUGGCUCUGAGGGACCCGGGCUGUAAAGUACAGAAGCUGAGGCUGUACAACGUCGGUCUCACCUAUUCUUGCAGCGAGGAUCUCGCCUCUGCUCUUAGUACAAACCGCUCACUGACGGAACUGAACCUGAGUGAUAAUAAAUUGGAAGAUUCAGGAGUGAAACUGGUGUCUGCGGCUCUGAGGGAACGCGAUUGUAAAAUACAGAAACUGCUGUUCUCGUGGAACCGUCUCACAGAUUCUUGCACAGAGGAUCUCGUCUCCGCUCUCAGUUCAAACCGAUCACUCAUGGAGCUGGACCGGAUCAACUCUCUCACAGACCGAUCUGUCCCUGCUCUCCGCCGCCUCAUACUGACCCUCACGAGUCUGGAGCGGAUCUGGCUGUUGGGGAAUCGGUUCAGUCCGGAUGGAAAGAACCAGCUGAAGUCGCUGCAGGGAACCAGACCCGGGCUGAGUGUGAACCUUUGA